AUGAUAGCUACGCAAUUUGAGGAAUUGUUACAUUUAGUGGCACCUUCAAUCACUAAACAAACCGUGAUUAGAGAACCAUUAUCUCCUGCAGAGCGACUAUCUAUAACAUUGAGAUAUUUAUCAACUGGUGAUUCGAUGCAUUCAAUGUCAUAUCAUUAUCUCGCUGGAGUACCGACAAUAAGCCACAUUAUAGGUGAAACAUGCGAUGCUAUAUGGAACUCUAUUCGUCAGGAAGUGAUCCCACCAUCAAAAACUACAGAGGAGUGGCUACACCUUGCUAAAGAAUUUAAAGAGAGAUGGGAUUUCAAUCAUUGCACAGGAGCAAUUGAUGGCAAACAUGUUAUUAUUGAGUGUCCACCUAACGCAGGAUCAUCUUAUUAUAACUAUAAAAAUAGUCAUAGUAUUGUGCUCCUCAGAAUCUGUGACGCACAAUAUAUGUUCACGUUCGUCGAUGUAGGAGCCUAUGGUCGCCGUAGUGACGGUGGUAUUUUUAAAGAUUCAAAGAUGGAAAGAUCUCUCUGGGAUUUUACUAUUCCACUAGAGCAACGAUGCCAACGGUUGACAAAAAAACUGUGGGAUGAAGUGUCUGAAAUAUUGGGAGGUAAACUUAGCGGGGAAGAAGCAAAAAAGAAAUUUAAAAAUUUACAUGACGCCUACUGA